AUGAGUUUUCAUGGGGACAGGCCGCACUCAGGCACGAACAUGGUGGGGAAGAGACCUGUUAGAGCAUUUGGGUAUAGCAGCACUGAGCACAGCACUGAGCACAGCACUGAGUACAGCACUGAGUACAGCACUGAGUACAGCAGUGAGUACAGCUCUGAGUAUAGCUCUGAGUACAGCUCUGAGUACAGUUCUGAGUACAGCUCUGAGUACAGCACUGAGCACAGCACUGAGCACAGCUCUGAGUACAGCACUGAGUACAGCUCUGAGUACAGCACUGAGUACAGCACUGAGUACAGCACUGAGCACAGCACUGAGUACAGCACUGAGUACAGCAGUGAGUACAGCUCUGAGUAUAGCAGUGAGUACAGCACUGAGUACAGCAGUGAGUACAGCUCUGAGUACAGCAGUGAGUACAGCUCUGAGUACAGCACUGAGUACAGCAGUGAGUACAGCUCUGAGUACAGCACUGAGUACAGCAGUGAGUACAGCUCUGAGUAUAGCACUGAGUACAGCAGUGAGUACAGCACUGAGUACAGCAGUGAGUACAGCUCUGAGUACAGCUCUGAGUACAGCUCUGAGUACAGCAGUGAGCACAGCACUGAGUACAGCUCUGAGUACAGCUCUGAGUACAGCACUGAGUACAGCACUGAGCACAGCUCUGAGUACAGCACUGAGUACAGCUCUGAGUACAGCACUGAGUACAGCACUGAGUACAGCAGUGAGUACAGCACUGAGUACAGCUCUGAGUACAGCAGUGAGUACAGCUCUGAGUACAGCAGUGAGNACAGCACUGAGUACAGCAGUGAGUACAGCUCUGAGUACAGCACUGAGUACAGCUCUGAGUACAGCUCUGAGUACAGCUCUGAGUACAGCACUGAGUACAGCAGUCUGGGUCCCAGAAAGCAGCACAAUAGCGCUUCCUUCUGCCUCUGA